UUCUGUACCUAUGUUGUCGAACACAGACGCGAGAGUGGUUGUGGCUGUCGUGUGGCUCGCGUUCGUAGUCGUCGGGUCAUCGCCGUCUUCGACGGGUCAUCGUUACCACGGUCCCGUCCAGCACGGCGUCACCGCCGUAGCAGCAGCAGCUUUGAGAUUGUAGUGAAAUCGGAUUUCGCCGUGAUAUUCGAGUGCGGCGCACAAACUCAUCCACAUCGGAGGCAGUAUCUCUCGGGGCGUUCGAUCGCACGGAGUAGCUUUAAGCACGGUUAAGAAUCUCUGUAGCCACGUGCCACGAUGAAGCUGGUACUUGCAGCAUCGUGUGUGCUGGUGUUGGUAGCACAGCUACCGAUCAUCCAGGGCCAGACUUGUCAAGGAAAAUGCAUCCCGAUCGGUAAAUGCAAUCGGCCGGUAACAAAGAUAGAGGAUGAAAACGCACCGCCAGAGAUAGAUUUGCGUGUCGGGCAGGAAAAUUCGAACGUUGUUGGCGAAUGUCCCCACUAUCUGGAUGUGUGCUGUGCACCGGGGCAGGAAAUAGUCGCUGGAAACGGCCUGUCAGGAGAGCCAAAUCCGCAAGGAUCGCUAGCGGAAGAUGACGAUUUCCUACCGUGUGGUAACCGAAACGCCAACGGCGUUGGGUUCCGCAUCGGGGCAGGAAAGGUACAAGAAGCGGAGUUCGGUGAAUUCCCCUGGACGCUUCUCGUGCUUGAGCUGCAAACGCUGUACGAUUUCGAAGAGAAGGAAGUGUACGCAUGUGUCGCCUCCCUGCUCGCACCGAAUGUUGCGCUGACCGUGGCACACUGCGUGUCCAAGAAACCGCCUUCCGCGUACAUCGUUCGGGCCGGUGAAUGGGACAUCCGGACCGAGAACGAAGUAAUCGCCAAUCAGGACUCGAAAGUGAAGCAAGUGUUGCUACACGAUCGUUACAACAACCACCAUCAUUUCGAUGUGGCUCUGCUGGUGCUAGAGAAACCGUUCCGGCCAGCGGACAACGUUCAGAUCAUCUGUCUCCCACCGCCCGGUCUAAGGACCCCGGUCGGUACGGAGUGCAUUACUGGCGGUUGGGGCAAGGAUCGGUUCGGUGACGACGGUACCUACCAGGAGAUACUGAAGCGCGUCACACUGCCAAUCAUCGAUUCGACUCAGUGCGAGCGGGCCUUCCAGAAAACCCGGCUCGGCUUAAACUUCAAGCUGCACAAUUCGUUCCUUUGCGCGGGGGGCAAGAAGGGUGCGGACGUUUGCUCGGGUGACGGUGGUGCUGCGCUGGUGUGCCUUCUGCCCGGUUCACAAACCAACUACUAUCAAGCGGGUGCCGUAGCCUGGGGUAUCGGGUGCGGCGAUGAGAAUAUUCCCGGUGCGUACGCCGAUAUUGAAGUCGCUCGAUCCUGGAUCGUGAGUAAGCUGAACGCACUAAAGGUCGAUCCGACGUACUACACGGCUUCGUGAGUGAACGACCGAUCCAUAGCUAGAGAUUCCCUUAAUUUAUGACACUUAGCAGGGCUAGAAGACGAAACAAAAAAAAAAAAAAGAAAUAAAAAGAAGAAAUUAACAAAACAACACAAACACAGUAUAAAACAAUAACAGCGCAAAAUUCAGACCUCAGCAAUUGGAACAAUAAAUUUAACACCAUAUUGGGAAAUCAUCAUGGCCUUUGGCUAUCUCCACUA